AUGGCUCUUCACAAAUUGAAAACAAAUAACACAACAAUACAAAUGAUUUUUACUGGGCACGAUGAACGCAAUUUGCCAGGAAAUUCUAAUAAAAAAAUAUUAAAUGUUUUUAAAGACCUAACACCAUUUCCUGAUCAAGGUAGAAUAUUCAUUGGAUUUCCAACCCAUCAAACCACAGGUUGUUCUGUGCACUUGGCAGCUCGAGUGAUUCCCACAGUUGAACGUGAAUCAAUAGAUUUAGUACAUAAGACUUUAUCAGUGUAUAAUAAGGAGAUGUUAUGUUCAGCCGGAAUUUUGGCUCGUAUAGUGUAUGAUGAUGAAAUGAAUCAAAUUUCAAGGCUAUGUAUGGAUAUUGACCCAGAAUUAUUAAACUCUGAUGAUAAACAAGAUAAAAAAAGUUUUGAAUAUUUACAGGAAUGCUCUGUACACAUUUUACAACACUUUACAUUCAAAACAAGCACGCCUAAUAAUAUGGUUGCAAAGAUCAUUGAAUCUCAAUUUUUUGACUGCACAAAAAAAUCGCUACAAAUUUUAUCUACUCAUGGUGUUCUGCCAAUUAAUUCCGUGCGGGUUCCAAAUAAAGAGGUGGUUUCAUUUAUCAAAACAAUUCCUAUGGAACUAGAAAGACGUCGAUUAAAUGACGAAGAAUUAUCAGAUUUGUUCAAGUGGUGGAUAGGGUACCGUUCCAAAAAUUAUAUAACUGAUGAACAAUUUCGUAAAUUUAUGUGCCUCGUUUCUAUAGGAGACGAUCUUACACCUCUUAAUCAUAUUCGCUACUUCCUAAACCCACAUGUUAUUCCACCAACUAUUGAAGUUCCACCAGAUGUUUUACCUUACUCUAUUAGUAAACCAUUACGAAAAGAAGACUUGGAGGCUCAUUUUGGAAAUUGGACUGAGCUUACCAUCUUGACGUGGACUCAGUAUAUUUUUACAAAACCUGAUUUUGCAGAAAAAAUUUUGAAAAUCAUUUCGCAUCAAUUUAAAAACUUGUCAAAGUCUGACCUCGAAGCAAUAAAAAAAAUCAUGGCUGAAAAGAGAUGCAUUCCAACAGUAUCCGGUAUGAAAUUACCUAAAGAAUCUUACUUUCCAGAUGUCAAGUUAUUACCUGAUCUGCCGAACGUUAAUUUAAAACAACACAAAACAAAAAACCUCGACGAGUUUUUAUUGUUUAUUGGCGUGAAAAAAGUCAUUUGA